UUGUAUCGUGAGUAUGCAAAGCCAUGUGGUUGUGAAGAAGAGGCUCUGAAAAAUAAGCCAGAUGCAGUAGGUAACAAAGAAGAUUGGGAAUGGUGUGUUUCAAACGUUUUCUACACUAAUGAGUUCCAGAAAUUGAGCAAAAACAAUGCAUUGAAUAGAAUGAAGAAAACUAUGAAUCAUCAUAGUGGUAGCAAGCCUAAUCGAGAGUACUUUUAUGAGAUGGGUGGAAAAGAUGGAACUCCUCCGACUAUAGAUAAAGUGUUUUUUGAGACACACAAGAGCAAUGGUGAAAUAAAAGAACAAGCAACAAAAGAAAGACAUGCUGUACUUGUUGAAACACGUGAAGCUAAUCCAGACUUGGAGCCUGUGGAGUUGGUAGAAAUAUGUUAUGGAGAACAAAGACAUGGACAUAUAAUUGGGUUUGGAGGUGGAUUGAGGCCUAAGGAUUUGAAGGGUCCAGAUGCAUUAAGUAGGGCAGAAUUGGCAAGCAAACUAAGGGAAUCAAAUGGAGAGAAGGCAGACCUGGCAGCUGUAAUAGCAGAGCAAGCUAAAGUUAUCUCUGAAAUGAGAGAGAUGAUGGAAAGGAUGAACCAAAGGUCUGGCAGCCCAACAACUAAUCAAAAUGGUCAACCUUAGGUAUGGAAUUGUGGAGUAGGCUUUGAUGUGAUUCAUGACACCAAGAUUUUGCUUCUGGAGAUUAGACGUUGAGGAGUUUUAGAUGUUUGUUGUAGAUUUUGGAUGGGUGUCAUGUAAUAGUUGAUUAGUUUUUGGGAUGAUUAGAAAUAUCUAAAACUCCUCCUACUAAUGAUGAGGAGAAUGAUAAUCUCCUCUAGCUACUGAUGUAGUAUAUAUAAGUAGUAGAAAUCGUUUGACUAAUUUUGUGUUAUGGACAAAGUGUGCA